CGCAGUCCCCAGCCAUAAGCAUAAGCCGCAAGCGCCCCUAGUUAAAGUUGGGGGGAAAAGCGGCGUUCAAGUUCCUCAAGUUCCAGCCUUCCUGGGCAUCCAAGUUCCAGAAGUUUGUUGUCAUUGCCAAUUGGCUUUGAUUUGGAAGCAGCUCCUUGUCAUUGUCAAGGAGCUGAGGGUUGAUCAUUCCAUUCACCGUGUCAGCUCACAUAUGAGCAAUGGCUGCAGCUUAUAGUGUGAGUCUGGAUCAUGAGGAGGCUCGGCGAUUGGCGGAGCGUGGUGGCACACUUCUGCUUCUUGAUGUGCCUCAUGGGACGUCCUUCGGCAUUGAUCAACAGAUGUUUGUGACUGGGCCCCGCUUCAAAGGCGUGAAGAUGCUUCCCCCCGGGCCGCAUUUUGUGUAUUAUUCAGCUGCGGGCAAGCAUGGUGGUGCGGCGCCUGUCAUUGGCUUCUUCGUGGUGCUCAAACAGGGACAGGUGGUCGUGCGCCAGUGGGAUGCGCCCGAGGAGCGCUUGGCAGCGCUGACUGACGAAGACCAGGUGGAUCGGUUAGCUGGGGGCGUCAGGACAUUCCAAUUUGAUGCAGAGCUUGGCGCUUAUGACCUGCACAAGUACGCGGCCUGGCAGACUCUGAGCAACUUCAUUACCGACGAGGUGGUGCAGGCACACGAGCCUGUUGGGGGCGACAUCUGCGUGGUGUGUGAGGCUGACGUCAGCGAGACGCGGCCGAAGACGGGGGCGGAGAGGGUUCUUCAGGAGCAGAUUGACCGGGGGCGAGAGCGCGCUCAAAGUGGAGGUCCUUCUAAAGAUACGAGAGAGAGCGUCGAUGGGGCGGGUCCGCAGAGUGGGGAGAAGCUGCUGGCUGACGUCACUCAGGGCGUCAUCAUCAUGGACCGGGGGGAAGACCAGGAGGCGGCUGCCGAAAGUUUGGGAAGGGAUGCGAUGUCAGGGGGCUUAGUUUUGGAGGAGUCGGCGGCAGAGGGACAGGGUUCGGGGCUGAGCCGAGUGGACCAGAUUGCGCUCAUGUACCAGCGGAAAGAAAUGAGGAAAGGCGGCAGCACAGCGGAACUCCGGCGGAAAGGGAACGGUGCCGAAGAUAUGGACGUAGAUACACAAGAAGGAGCGCCUUCUGGCGUGGAGACAGUAGACGGGUCUGUUGCAGGGCCGAAGGGAGCUCAUGUGAGGGGGGUGGCAAGCGAGCAACUAGAGCGGCACGACUUCGCCGGGCUGAGGGGCAUUUCCCAUCCACCGAUGGCUCCGCUAGACUCCAUAGCAAGUCCUUCAAAUAGCAGCAGGCUGGCAUCAGGAAGAACGUCAGAUUCGAGCAACGGGAAGACGUCAGUCGGCGAGAAUCGCUCGGGGGAAUCCUCGGGGCUUAGGGAGGCAGGAGGAGAGGCCGGGCCCAGCAGCUCGGGGGAAAAGCCCCGAGGGAGAAGCGGCCGCUGCUUUUACACGGACCUGCCCCGGCUGGUGAAACGGAAGGGGAUGAGCGCGACGGAGCUGACGGCUCUUAACUUAGAUAAGAGCGGCUUGCUGGAGACGGUUCUGUCGAAGCAGUACAAGGGACGGGAGGAGCUCCUGCUGGGCGAACUGCAGUUCGCCUUCAUCGCAUUCGUGAUGGGCCAGUCCCUCGAGUCGUUCUCUCAGUGGAAGGCCAUCCUGCCCCUCAUGCUGGGCUGCGUCGAAGCGCCUCUCCGCACACGCACCCGACUGUUCGUGCAGUUCCUGAGGGCCCUGUACUGGCAGUUGCGGCACGGCCUCCUGCCUGAGUCAAACCGCGGGGCGGGCGACGCGCUGCUGGACGAGGCCUGGCUUGAAAAGGACAGUUUUCUGCAGCACCUCCUCGCGGGGUUCUUCAGCACCUUGCGAGAAGCGCAGCCGAUUGACGGGGAGCUCAAACAACAGGCAGACUCGCUUCAGAGCCUGUUGGAAGGGUUCCUGGGGUGGCGCCUCAGCGAGCCGGAAGGGGGAUCCCUCAGCGACGAGGACGAUGAGUAUGCACCAACGGUGGUCUACUGAAUAAGCAGGUUGCUCAACAAAGGCCUAAAGGAUGGGGAACGCAAUACAGCUUUCAUAACACGAAUAUUUACGAUGCCUCUCUUAAAAUCUGUCAAUCUUCUUCGACUCUGAGCUAUGCCUUUGUAACCUUACUUUGAGUGCACUUUCUUGUCUUCAAGAAAUUGAUAGCUUAUGUGAGUCCUCGUCGAUGCGAG